AUGGCAACACAUUUUGUACCUUCUGCUAAACUGGCUGAUCUGGAGGCACGGCUUGUGAAUUUAGACUCAGGAGACGCAGAGGUAGUCCGAUCCACAAUUGAAGAGUUCUCCGAGAAAAUCAACCUCAACGAAGACAGCAUUCUCAACAACAAGCAGUCAAUAAUCAACGAUGUUUCUCAAAAGAAAGUGUAUGUGAAGUAUUUGUGGUGCUCUUACAGGAAGCUGAAGGUAGCAAAGAAGGAAAUGAGUGGAUUAAAACGAUCCUCACCCACAGGGUUGAACAUAACCCUACACUCGAUCCGUGAAGGUAGAAAACAAACGCUAAGUGAUUGCCUCAAGAAGGAGUUUCGGCUCACUGUGAAUAUCUUGAGGAACACCAUAUCCCCUGACGUGUAUGAGGGUAUAAGAGCUCUGACCAUAGACAAAGACAAUUCUCCAAAGUGGAAUCCAGCGACGUUAGAUGAGGUUGAUGACGAGAAAAUCAACCUGGUGUUUAAGCCCUUAGAGGAUGAUAUUGAGCUUCACAUCCCUGAAACUGAAGAAAACAGCUCACACUCGGUGCAGCGAGGAUUACAAAUGAGGGUUUGCUCAAGUCUGUGUGUAGAAGAGCAGGAUUACAUGGGGAGAAUCAAGGAACUGCAGGAGCUUCUCGAUCAGGUGAGGACGAUAGUAAAACCGGAUUGCUCUCAAGAUGUUUUGAAAGCAGCUUUGAGUGUUUUGGCUUCGGUGCAUAAUAUCGAACUAUGA